AAAAUCUAAACUUUAUAGAAUGGCAAUAAUGUAAAUAAGAGAAUAUAGGAAAGGUAUUUUGGGUAAAUGGAUCUAUAAAUAUACUUAAAAAUCCAACUGCCUUCUCCUCUGUCGUGUCUUCUGGCUCUGGGUUUUACAGCCAAGCAGAUAAAAGCCAGUAGGUUUCACAAGAUGGAGAACAUGCAAAGCUUUUGGCAAUUAGGAGAUCAGCUUCGAGGGCAGUCAAAAGUCUCAGAGGAUCACCAGUGGUUGAUGGCUGCUUCUAAAUUAGCUGAACAGACAAGGCUAAAAGGCGAGCGCAUGAACAACCUUGAUCUUUCAAAGGGUCCAACUGAACCAAGGCCAAUGGACAAAUUUGGAUUCCAGGAAGAUAACAAAUGUGAUAUCCUCAAUUUUAACUCACUGAACUUGGAAUCCAAAAUAAGUGAGAACUUGAACAAAAAUUCCUUUCGAAAUGGAAUGUUCAAUAUGAACGCAGUCUACCAGAAGAGCAAUGCAAAUAUUGUGGGGAACAUGACCAUUAACAAGUACAGCGGCAAUAACCUGAGCCACAAGGACUCUAUCAACAUCAGCAAUAACAACAACAGUGACAAUGGCAAUGCAAACAAUGUUGCUGACAAAAGGUUCAAGACCUUGCCGGCUACAGAGACCCUCCCACGAAAUGAGGUUCUUGGGGGAUACAUUUUCGUCUGCAACAAUGACACCAUGCAAGAAGAUUUGAAGCGGCAGCUAUUUGGUUUACCUCCAAGAUAUAGGGAUUCUGUUCGUGCCAUAACACCGGGCUUACCCUUGUUUCUCUACAACUAUACUACUCACCAGUUGCAUGGUAUCUUUGAGGCUGCAAGUUUUGGUGGUUCAAACAUUGACCCAACUGCCUGGGAAGAUAAGAAGUGCAAAGGCGAGUCAAGGUUUCCAGCUCAGGUGCGGAUCCGUGUUAGAAAAGUCUGCAAGGCUUUGGAAGAAGAUUCAUUUAGGCCAGUCUUACAUCACUAUGAUGGUCCCAAGUUUCGCCUUGAGCUCUCGGUUCCAGAGACACUGGAUCUAUUGGACCUAUGCGAGCAAGCGGGCUCUGCAGCAUAAACUAAGCGCUGGCAACAAUAUGUCAAACUUAGUAGGUUUUGUGGUACAUGGCAGUGUGUGUUUCUCACAGAUUUUCCAUACAGCGCAAGCUUUUGGGGAUGAAGUCUGGUAGAGGGAAUCUUGUUAAGUUAGGUUUAAUGCGAGUGAGCCUGGUGAAUAAUUACUCGUUGCUGAGUCUCCUUAAGACCCACUUGUGUAAGUUUGUGUAAACUCUUGAGAGCGUUAUAUAAUAUUAAGAAGAAAGAAAAAAAAAAAAGAACAAGCAAAAUAUGUACUGAGAGAAAUGAUAGCUAUGUUGUGACCUCUAAAAAUUUGAAGGUCAAGGGCUUUGAUGUGUUUGUAAAAACCCCAAGUCCUGAAAUGGUUAUCUAUAAUCCUAUUGUCAUUAAA